AUGUGCUGUGAAGUCUGCCGGGAGCUGUUCACGUCCCCACAGGAAUUUGAACAGCAUUUACAGGCACACAGGAACAAGAGACACAGAUGUGAAGAGUGUGGGAAGCAUUUUAAUAGAAAGGAACAUUUAAAAACACACAAAGCAAGUCACAGUAAUGCUAAGAACUUCAUCUGUGUGGUGUGUGUCAAGGGUUUCAAAACGGCGUGUGGGUUACGGAAACACAAACGCACACACACGCAAAUCACCAAGAAGUUCGAGUGUGAGAUUUGUGGAAGGAAGUUCGCGAGAAGGCACGAUUUGAAGAGGCAUUUUGACGUACACACAGACGCGAAGCAUUGCUGUGGCGAGUGUGGUGAGGAGUUUAAACAUCGGAAAAGCUUAGUGACGCAUAUCAAACGCCACGUCGACACGCCACACAGAUGCAAGGAAUGUGGUGAGACGUUUACGAAAUAUGUGUCUUACACCGCACACCGCACCAAACACAUACUCACUCGGAAAGAGAGUGAAGACUUGCAUAACUGUGGUGAAUGUGAGCUUUCGUGCGGCCUUACCACUUACAGCGCCACAAAGAAACACACGGACAGACGCACAAACAGAGGUGUCACGUUUGCAAUCUAG